CCCGCCUUCUCUGCCCCAGCUGCCGCCGCGGGGACGCGGGCGCUUCUCCGCUCCCGGGGCGGUGGGGUCCGGUCUCGCCUCCGAGCUGUGGCGGCGGUGUCUGCAGCGAGAGCGCCCCCCUCCCCGGGGGGGGUAUAGCGCCAGGCUUCUCGGAGAAGGAGGAGGAGGAGGAGGCGGCGGCGGCCGGGCUCCGCGGCGCGGCCUCCGCGCCUUCCCCGUCCCGAUUGGCCCGGCCCCGCCUGCGCCCGCUCGCCGCCGGGCGGGCGUUGGGCUCCCGCGGCGCGAUGUCGGCGCGACGGCGGAGGGCGGCCGCCGACGAGAAGGAGAAGGAGGAGGAGGAGGAGGCAGCGGCAGCGGAGGAGGAGGAGGAGGAGGAGGAGGCGGGUAGCGACAAGGAAGUGGAUUUGGAAGAAAGACUUGAUGAGUUGGAUCUUAGAAGCGAUUCAGAUGUUCCUGAUGUUCCUCCACCAACAGACAGCACUCCAGAAAUCCUGAAAAGGGCUUUGUCAGGCUUGUCUGCCAGAUGGAAAAAUUGGUGGAUUCGUGGAAUUCUCACUCUAGCUAUGAUUUCUGUGUUUUUUCUGAUCAUAUACCUGGGAUCAUUUAUGCUGAUGCUUCUGGUCUUAAGCAUCCAAGUGAAGUGUUACCACGAAAUCAUUACUAUAGGUUACAGAGUCUACCACUCGUAUGAUUUACCAUGGUUUAGAUCCCUCAGCUGGUACUUUUUGCUCUGUGUGAACUACUUCUUUUAUGGAGAGACUGUAGCUGAUUACUUUGCUACGUUUGUUCAGAGAAGAGAACAGCUUCAAUUCCUAAUUCGUUACCACAGGUUUAUAUCUUUUGCACUCUAUUUAACGGGCUUCUGCAUGUUUGUUUUGAGUUUAGUGAAGAAACAUUAUCGUCUGCAGUUUUACAUGUUCGCAUGGACUCAUGUCACUUUGCUGAUCACUGUAACUCAAUCUCAUCUUGUCAUCCAAAAUCUCUUUGAAGGCAUGAUCUGGUUUCUGGUUCCAAUUUCAAGUGUUAUCUGCAAUGAUAUUACCGCUUACAUUUUUGGAUUCUUCUUUGGCAGAACUCCAUUAAUUAAGCUGUCUCCCAAGAAGACCUGGGAAGGGUUCAUUGGAGGCUUCUUUUCCACAGUUGUAUUUGGAUUUAUUUUUUCCUACUUUUUGGCUCAACAUCAAUACUUUGUCUGCCCUGUGGAAUAUAACAGCGAAACCAACAGAUUCAUGACAGAGUGUGAACCUUCAGAGCUCUUUCAGAUGAAGAAGUACUCUGUGCCACCAUUGCUUCAGGCUGUGUUGGGAUGGGAAACAGUGAAUAUGUACCCAUUUCAGAUGCACAGCAUUGCACUGUCAACAUUUGCCUCAUUAAUUGGGCCAUUUGGAGGAUUCUUUGCCAGUGGAUUUAAAAGAGCUUUCAAAAUCAAGGAUUUCGCAGACACAAUCCCUGGGCAUGGUGGGAUAAUGGAUCGCUUUGAUUGUCAGUACUUGAUGGCCACUUUUGUUCAUGUCUAUAUCACCAGUUUCAUAAGGGGUCCAAAUCCCAGCAAAUUACUGAAACAGCUGUUGAUACUUCAGCCUGAGCAACAACUAAGCGUGUAUAAAACCCUGAAAUCUCACCUCGUUGAAAAAGGUAUCCUGCAGCCAUCUCUGAGAGGGUAGUUUGUCAAAACGGAGGACUAGAAGAAACCUCCAUUUACAAGAAGUCUGUGGAAAAGCAUUGCAAACAUGCACAUAGGUAAUAGCUAAAGGAAGAGUAGUUUGUGGUCUGCCAGAGGUUAAUGUUUCCUGAAAUGAAUGUGAAUGCAAUGACUCCCUAUUAGGACACAGAAGAUCUCUUACUCCUAAAGCAAUGAAAAUGCUUGCAAAGUAACAGUACACAUGCUGUAUAUUUUAGUUCCUGAAGUGGAUGGCAGCAGUCUGCCUUCAGCGCCCAGCCUGACAGGCCUUGUAUUUAAAAAAAAAAAUAAAAAUUCACCUUUAGUUUUUAAUGAGUUAUUUAAUAUUGUAUAUCUUAGCAAUACUUUUUUGGUCUCCAGUGGUUACUGAAGCAUAAACAGAUGAGGCAGGUGGUCACUUUUAUGUAGCCCCGUGCUGAAAUUACAACUGCCCAGAAAAUACUUGUUAGCCCAGUCAAAGAGCUACUUAUGCCUGCUGUAUCAGACUACCUGUAUUUACUAAGUUGCUAUGAAGGUUAAACGUAGCUCUGUUUUUAAUCAAACAGCUUUCUUAUGAAACUAUUUCAUGCUUUCAAGAGAGAACUACCUUUACUGAAGUACAGCUGGGCUGUUUGGGCUGUGGAGCCACUAUUUUUUUCGUUAAUGUUAUGGAUUAUAAACAAGCAUCUACAUCCAAGAGUAGAGAUUACCUGAGAAAAUGGGAUUCUCCAACCCGGUGAACAGAUUGGAGAGAAUCUGGAGUUUAAGCCCUGGGUUUCCACGGCCUGGUCAGUGUCUGAAGACAGUAAUUCAAGCCUUAUUCCUUGUGCCUCUUAACUACCACGUAGAAUGGGGGUAUUUCAUUCUUUUUAAAAGCACUUUGAGGUCCUGAGUAAAAAGUGAAGUUUAACUGCUGUUUUAUUGAUGUGUUACUCAGUGAAGGCAGAAACUUUUAUCUCAUGAAUGUGCACAGUGCAAGACGGAAUGCAUGGUUCUUCUGCUCUGUGUUAUUAUUUAUUAAGAAGAUCCUCAAGCAAGCUUGGGUAACCACAUAGGUGUUUGAAUGGAGAAUUUUUAUAGAAAGCAGCUAUUCUGUAGACUUAGUGGGGCAUAUGAGGAAAGCUGAUGCUCUGUAAUUCUCAAUCCUAGCUGUUUUCUAACUUUUUUCAUCAUGUGACGUCUUGAUGCAAAUAAAAAUAUAAACUUUUUUUGAAAUGACAAAAAUUACUCCUGUAUAAACAGAAAGCACAAAUGCCAAUUUUUUUUUGGUAUACUGUAACUUGAUACAAUUUAAUUUUUCUGACUAAUUGUAAAUAAGUUUCUCCUGUGGUGAACGUACCGAUGCCAGAUAUAUUUGUGUGUGUGUAUAUAUAUAUAAAAUAUUAAAGGGUGUGUGUAUAUAUAUAUAUAUAUAUAAAAGGUGAAAAUUUUAAAUGGUUGGUGCUACUUGAGGAUAAAACCAUGGAGAAAAUAACUAGGGUGGGUGAUAAGGUGUAUCUGUAAAAUUUGACUGCUUUUUGUUGAACACCAUGCAGCUGAGACCACCGUGCACUCUGUUUUGCACUUAGGCCAUAGUAGCGUGGGUACAGCUUGUGUAUGGAAAAGCACCCCUGUACAUGGCUAUGAAACGAAAUCCGGGUCUAAAGUAGUUCCUGUUCAUGUCAAGUAUUUGACAGACUUAAAUUAUGUCUGACCUGGAGAUUGCAGUACUCUAUUGAAGGAACACUACAAGAGGUGAAAAGCAUCGCCAGCUGCUUGUCCGUCUGGCCAAGUGACUUGGCUCAUUAAUUGGAGGGGACUGAAUUUCAGCCCUUCUGCCAGAAGGGCAGCAUAGCCUGAGGUUAAAAGGUAGCACAGCCAGGGAGUAGUACAUGUGGAAAGGCACUUUAAAAAGAAGGGAAGGGAGAACGAAAGGGUGACCAAAGUAGCAUACCUGGAAAACUAAGUUUUAGAUGAGGCUUUGGUUAUGUACAGUACUUUGGUAGAUGCUUAUGAAAAACCACAGCUAUACUGAAGCUGGUAUAUCUUUAUCCUGGGUAUUUAAAAAAAAAAAAUUAAAAAGUUAUAUAUAGACUAUAUAUAUAUAUAUAUAUAAAAAGCUAAUUGUUACUUUGGAAACUUGAACUUUUUAGUGUAAUUUUAUAGCAUGUAUAAUAAGGAAGUUAAAAUAUAUUUUAGCAUUUAAUACAACAGCAUUUGAAAUUAGUUGCUAUCUAUUUGCACAAUAGAAAGUUCAACACUGCGAUUCUGAUGUUCGAUGUUAGAAUGAAGAAGGGAUCACUUGUGAACUCACUCAUCGAUUUUCUGGCUUAGGCUUGGUGUAAAUAAAGCUCAGCAGGACCUGUCACUGUGAAGUGACAACUACGCUUGCUUACUGUGAAGUGCAUUUACCCCACUUGUUAGUUCAAGCAGGAAAGUUUAACUUUUUACACCAGUGAUUCUUUUCACUUGCACUAUAAUUACCUGUUGAGCAAAAAAAAAAAUGUAUAUUAUGUAAAUAUUGUAAAUGGUAUGAGCAUAUAAUGUCUGUUUUAGUUUGACUGUUUCAAUCUUUCAUUGAAGCAGGUGUUGUAAAAAAAAAAAAAAAUAAAGUAAAACUAGGACAG